AUGGACUACCACUUGGAGACGAGAAAAAUCUUGAACGCUGUUCGUAUACCUAAUGUAGAGGGAGUGAAAAUGAAGCCGGCGAGAAUUUUGCAAAAUGGACCACUGGUAUCUGCAGUGGAAUGGGAAAUGUCUUUCGGGAACGGAUCCAAAUUGUCCCAAAGAAUUAUUUUGGAUGCUGAGUCGCCGUAUUUAACAUUCGAAACCAAUGUUGAUUGGAAGGAAAGCCACAAAAUCCUUAAGGCCGAAUUCCCCUUGAACGUCCUGGCCCGGAAUGCGACGUACGAGAUUCAGUAUGGACACGUUGAAAGACCUACUCAUGCAAAUACGUCCUGGGACUGGGCGAAGUACGAAGUUGUUGGACACAGAUGGGCAGACAUGAGCGAGUGUGGUUUUGGAGUAUCACUGCUUAGCGAGUGCAAAUAUGGAUGGAGUACUGAUGGUAAUAAAUUGUCACUGUCACUUUUGCGAGCACCGAAAAGCCCAGAUGCGAAUGCUGAUAUUGGUGCUCAUACUUUCAAAUAUGCUCUGAUGCCGCAUGCUGGCACUUUCCAGUCGGCGAAUGUCAUACAGCAUGCUCAUGAGUUCAACCAGCCGCUGAAGAUUCUCCAUGGUGCAGCUAGGUUGGGAAAGCUUGCUGGGGCUGAGUCUUCAUGGAUUGAAGUGGACCAAAGGGCUGUCAUUUUAGAUGCCGUGAAGCUUUCAGAUAAUUUCAAGACGCACAGGGCUGUUGUGCUCAGAUUUUACGAUGGGGCUGAGUCUUCAUGGAUUGAAGUGGACCAAAGGGCUGUCAUUUUAGAUGCCGUGAAGCUUUCAGAUAAUUUCAAGACGCACAGGGCUGUUGUGCUCAGAUUUUACGAGUCAUUUGGCAGCCAUGUUCCACUUACGAAUGUCACUUUGCAUUUCCCUGUGAAAGCUGUGACUGCGUGUAAUGGGCUGGAGGAGCCCUUGAAAUCUGGAGGUCUGAAGCUGAAUUCUCAUGGUGCAUCUACAUCUUUUGCUGUGGAUUUCAAGCCGUUCCAGAUUCAGUCAUUCCUUGUUGAGCUAUUCUGAGCAAAUUUUACUUGGGCGGUGUCGGGGUUCAUUUCCGAUGGUGGCGGUGGAGGAAGGAAUUCUCCUUAUCGAAUGAUGAUUCGCUGAAUUGUGAAAUGUCCUAGACUGAACCAAAAACUGAUAACUGGCUCUUUCAGUGAGUAAAAUUAUGUUGAUCCAGCA